AUGGAAUUGCAGACCGAGCUUCUAUUCAUCAAGAACUGUCCUCUUUGCGAGAAGGUCUACAGACAAGAGCACUCGUAUAACCGCCAUAUAAAGUACUGCCAACGUGCUCAGACCAGACGCAAAGGCCGUCCGAGAUCCUGUCUCUCCUGCAGCAAGGCCAAAGCCAAGUGCACCUUUGGUCAGCCAUGUUCCCGCUGUGGGAAGAAGGAUCUGGCAUGCAUUUACGACCAACCAAGUCGACACCAAGUCAACACUGAAGUUCUCUGGACUGGGAAUGGGAACAAUCAACAGGUUUCAGAGAUCAUCCUGGCAUCCUCUCAUGACUUCGGGUCAUCUUUCGACCUGGAUGCUUUCACAUUAGACCCGAAUCUCGCAGAGUACUCUGUCUCAAGCCUACCAGUGUCUGACACAACCAUUUCAGCCCAGAGAUCGGUCCAAGAAGACCUCCAAUACCAAGAAGGCAACUCACAGACACAAGUUACCGUUAAAUCGCUCAGCGCCAAAGCAGACCUCACCCGCUUGCCUUACCAACGCGAAGCCUCACACCAUGCUGCAAAGCUAGUCUUGCAGACCCUCUAUGCGUUUCCCCAAAUGAUGCUUCGUCGAAAGACGUUUCCGCCUUUCAUACACCCCCAAUGGCACGAGCCCUGCCUUCCGGAGGCACUGGCGAAUUGCAUGAGCAUUGCUCAGCUUUUCGCGGCAAGGACGCCGGAGACCAGAGCGUUUCUCUGGCGAACUAUCAACACCGAGGAACAGCGCUUCCGAGAAAAUUACAUGAGUUUCUCGGCUCGCGAGAUACAGAUGGCUGUCCAGUCGCUAAUGAUCUAUAUGAUAAUGGCUAUUAUUGAUCAGGACGAACAGACCAAACAGCGUGGCACAAGACUGCUUGACACAGUUGAAACUCUCAGUUCUCGGUUCCUUACCUUUGUUGGAAGUUAUUCCCAGACUGAGCGAGCAGAACCAAGCCUAACAUGGGAAGAUUGGAUCUUUGCUGAAUCACGGAGACGCAUGUCAUCUCUUUGGAUAGUUAUAAGCGCCGUCAUAUUCAUCGACAACAAUAUCCCCUGCAGAGGAUGUGGUCCCCUCGAACACUUGCCUCUUCUCUCAAGCAAGAUGCUUUGGGAAGCACAAACUCGCGAGGAAUGGCAAUUGGAAAAGACAUUGUAUGAUGUCAGCAACCCAGUUAUGACACUUGGUGCUCUUGUCAAGGCUAAAAGAAACCCGGAAGAUCCACUGCAUGCACAAGAAUUGCAGUGCUGGGAAGCGGGCACUGAUAAACUGGCAAUCAUGCUUGACAUUGCUACGCAGUUUGUUUGGGCACGGUAG